AUGAAUAAGUCUGGACUGCCGCUUACACUAGCCAUUUGUGUUUUAGGAUUGUAUAGUACUUUCUUAACAUGGUCUAUACUACAAGAACGUAUCAACACUAAACCUUAUGGAGAUAAUGAAUAUUUUCAAGCACCAUUAAUCAUCAAUAUCGUUCAGGCACUACUUGCAUCUAUUGUUGGUUUCAUCUAUACAAGGUUCACAACACCCCACACUUCUCCAUUUGACGUGUUUACUAAAAAUGGGAGACAUGGUCUUUAUGUAUUGAGAUCUUUAUUGCUCAUUUCAUUUUGCUCGAGUUUAGCUUCACCAAUCGGCUACAAAUCGUUAAAUCACUUGGAUUAUCUUGCAUACCUUCUAGCCAAGUCAUGCAAGCUUAUACCCGUCAUGUUUGUGCAUUUCAUGUUAUACCAGACGAGGUUUCCAUUCUACAAGUACGCUGUCGCCGGACUGGUAACAUUGGGGGUCAUAAUGUUUACUUUGGCCCAUUCAAAAGAGACGACUAAAGUAAAUGAUGGGAACACAAUGUUGGGCAUGGUUUACUUGGUUGGAAGUAUGUUGCUUGAUGGCUUGACUAAUUCUACGCAGGACCAAAUGUUUAAGAUUCCAUUAAAGACCAAAUUCACAGGAGCCAUAUUGAUGUGUACGUUGAACUUGUGCAUAUUUUUGAUGACCUUGGCGUAUACUGUGAUUUUCCAAUAUGAAGAGAUUGCAUACACAUUGGAGUUUUCUAAAAAGUUUCCUGAGUUGUUUUACGAUAUCCUUCUCUUUGCAGGGUGCGGAGCUGUGGGUCAAGUAUUCAUCUUUAUCAUCUUGGAGAAGUUUGACUCAAUUGUAUUGAUUACUGCAACAGUGACGAGGAAGAUGCUAAGUAUGAUCCUUAGUGUAGUGUUAUUUGGACACCAUUUGAACUUGAACCAAUGGGCAGGCGUAGGCUUGGUAUUUGGAGGCAUUGGAUAUGAAGCUUUAGUCAAGUUUCAGCAAAAGAAAGUGAAGGAUGUAGAGAAGGACAAGACAGUGAAGGUUAAAGUUAAUUUUAGAGCGAAAGCAAAAGACGAGUAG